AUGAUCGGUGGCCGAGCAGUGCAGGGUAUUGGAGCAGCAGGAGUCGCCGUCCUCUGCGAGAUCAUCAUCUGUGACUUGGUACCACUUCGCGAGAGAGGUACCUACAUGGGCGCCGUGUUUGGCAUGGUCGGUCUCGGAGCUGCUCUUGGUCCUUUCUUCGGCGGACUGCUCGUGAGCUACAGCACCUGGCGCUGGGCUUUUUACAUGGCUCUUCCAAUUGGCGGUGCUGCAGUUAUAUUGUUGUUCCUCUUUUUGAAGGUCAAAUACGAUAAAUCCCAGACUUGGGCCACCAAGGCUUCGAGCCUCGACUGGCUGGGCAACGCGCUUUUUGUCAGCGGCUGCGCUCCGGUGUUAGUUGCCAUUGGCUGGGCAGGAGGAAGAUAUUCAUGGUCCUCUUACCAAGUCCUCGUACCGCUCUUGGUUGGGUUGGCAACGUUGGGAGGCUUCAUCGCACUCGAAGGUAAUGCCCGCCUCACGCCAAAUCCCAUCAUGCCGCUCCGGCUCUUUGGGAACUCUAUGAGCGUCAUCGUCUUUCUGCUCGCCUUUCUCCACGGCAUGGUCACUAUGUGGACACUUUACUUCCUCCCGGUAUAUUUCCAAGGCGUUCUCGCAGUAGAUGCAUACAACGCCGGCAUAUACCUUCUCCCCACCAUCCUCGCACUUCUCCCAGGUGCGAUCAUCGGCGGGCUUCUACUUAGCAAGUUCGGCCGCUACAAGCCCAUUCUCGUCACUGCCUUCGCCUUGAUUGUCGCCGGAUUUGGCGUGUUCACACUCCUGGAUGAGACGUCGAGUGCAGGUGCGUGGGUGGGCUUUCAGGUGCUUGAGUCCUUUGGCGCGGGCUUCGGCAUGGGGGCUAUGCUUCCCGCGUUGCUAGCCUCUCUAACUGACAAGGAUACCGCAGUAGCGACGGCCACUUGGGGCUUCAUGCGAAGCUUCGGCGUCUUGUGGGGCGUGGCCAUCGCCGGUACCGUCUACACCAACCGAGCUGCACAGCUGGCUCGCUCGGGGACUAUCAGCGACACAACGGUAGCGGCUCUUUUCAUGACGGGUGGCGCGUACGGCGCAGCUGAAGUCGAUUUCCUUGACACGCUAUCCGCUCAGACGCGUGCGCAAGUGAUCUCCGUACAGAGCACCGCGCUUCAGCGAUCCUGGCAGGUCGCCAUUGCCUUUGGUGGAGUGGGUCUUAUUGCUGCUGCUCUGCUGAAGCAGGUACCGCUCAGGAGCGAAAACGACACCGAAUUUGGCAUGACAGAGAGUAAAGACAAGCCUAUGGAGGAGGAAGCGAAAGGUACAGCAAAGGAUGAGAUUCCAGGAUUGUAG